AUUAAAGAUUUUGAUCCGGUUCUCAAUAAGAAACAUUUACUUGAAUGUAUGAAAUGGUACCUCUCCAGUAGUGACUCAAUAUCAGAAAAGGAUGAUGUAGCAGAUCUUUUCCACUGGUUAAAUAUUAAAGAAAAAGAUGGACUAAGGAAUGACAGAAUCCUUGUCGAGAGCCUUUAUUUGCUUUGCAAUUUAGACGAUGUCCAUCCAAUGCUUCGGUAUUUAAAACUCAAAACUAAAUUUAAAAGCUCACCAAGACUGUUGCUAGCGUACAACAUAGCCAUAGCUAACUUAAAAUGCAACUUCAUAACAAUGUGCAAGCUAUCAAAGCAACUGUGCCCACUGGCCCACUGCGCCUUUAGCCUGUAUCUGCCCAUUUUACAAAGGCGCGCUCUACAAGUAAUGAGCCACGCCUACAACAGCAAGAGCUUAACGGUACCUGUGCCGGUACUGCGGCAAUGGCUUCGGUACGAGAAUGACGCAAUAACAAUCGCUGCGUGUACGCACUAUGGGCUUCAAGCGCAGAGCAACGCGAUUCGGUUAUGCAAGGCUGAUUUUAAAGAGGAUGUCGCUAUUUUGCCGCCUAAAAAACUUCUUUUACACGACGAGAAGCUGGACUUAACAGCAAAUCAUGUUUUUACUUACAAGACAUAGGUUUACUUUAAACUUGAGCAGUGUUGUUCAAUUUAGCCCUCGAUCUCAAAUUAUGUUAUAAUAAUAUUAAUAUAAGUAGGCGGAUAGAUAAU